ACACCAUGGUCCAUGCCUAUAAGUUAGCACGCUUUUUCUCGAGGUUAAAGUUUACAAUUCACUCUGUAGCAAGUUAAACUGUUGUCAAGGCUCAAAUUGAAAUCUUGCUAUAAUUUGCAACUUCGUGAGAUAUAGCUUUUACUAUUGUCUUCAGCCCGAUUCCUACCUAUUCCUCCCUAUCCCUCCGUCUAGCUUUUAGGCGGGAUUUUUGGCCUUGCUACGCGUCAAAAUUGGCUGAGAUUGGAACAUGCCAUUUGUGCGAAGAUCAACUGCUUCACCAGCAACAACCACAAGACCAACUGAAGAAGCAAUUACACUACAGUCAAAGUGGAGAGUUGAAAGUACUGAAAUAGAAUUGAAGCUCUGUCUAAGAAUCAGAAUAGCAAUUGAGUGUACGCUGAGCCAGGUGUUAAUUUGUUACUCCCCCUUUAACUCUCGGAAAUACCUUUUUGUAGCAGCUCAGCUCGAGGAAACCACCUCCAGCAACUACAACAUGAGCUACAACUUCAAUUGAUCCUUCGCAACCUGACAAUAGUAAUCCCCUACAGACACUACUGAAAUAUUCAUC